AAUCUAAUAUAAUUGUGACUUGUGCAACAUGUUAUUAGUAUAUAUUUUUGUGCCUUGAUAACAUUUUCGUUCCCUUCAUCGGAUUCGCGUAAAGAGGUAGACGAAAAGUAUGGAUCCGAAAAAGAAGAAGAGUUCGGCUUGUAGAGGAAGACAAUGAAAGGCGAAGAGAGCGAAGAGAAAAACGAUGAGAGAAAGAUGAAGGGGAUGAUUAUUUGGGGAAGAGGAUGGGGAGAUAAGAAUAAAAAGAAAAUCACGUGGAGAGAAAUGGAAAAAGAAAAGGAAACCAAUACAAAAAUAGUUGAGGAAAAGGAAAAGUAAACCAAUAAAAAUAAAUUGAGAAAAAAGAAAAGGAAACCAAUAAAAAAAGUUGAGAAACGAGAGGAAAAAACUAUUUUUUUUCCAAUAAUUCUUUGUAAAAUGAGAAACGUUUUUACAAUUUUUUUUAUUAUCAUUCUUACGAUAAUCUUAAAAUAAAAUUUAUCAAUAAGUUGGCACAGGCAUAAGAGGUAAAGAAUAUAAAAAAUCUCAUAUUUUGAAUGAAAGUUUUCGCAAUUAAAUAUUAGGGUUGCUAUUCAUCGAAAGAAACAUAAAUCAUUUCAAAAUUCCAAAGUUUGAUUAAAUUUUUAAAUCUAAGUCUUGCAAAGAAAAAAAAAAGAAAAAAAGAUAAAUUACACUCUAAUCCAAAGCAUUAUAGAAAUGUGGACACCAAAUAAACACUACAAACCAAAAAAAAAAAAGUUAUAAGAAACGCAACCCUAAAAGGAAACCAAAAAAGAAACAAAUUAUAUCAAAAAGAUGCCAAAGCCUAAAAGUAUUCCAUCCCUCUUCACUAAUGUGAAACUAAAUUAUUUUAAACUCACUCCCCCACGCCAAAGGCUACUAAAAAUAUUUAAAAUAGAUAUCGAUUUUCUUUUUAUUAGUGCUUAUCACAAUGUCUCUUUGGGGGAUAAAUUUUGAAAUUAUUUUAUAUUCUUUUAGUAUUUUAGUUAUUUUGAACCACUCUAUUUUAAAUUGAUUUUUUAGUUUUAAGAAAAUAUAAAAAUAAUAAGGUCACCUGAUGACACUCAACCUACUAAUAUUUUUUUAAAGUAGUUAUUCAGACCACUCUGAUUCAAAUAUUUUAUGAAAGCUAUGCCAUUUCAACACUUAGAUCCAUAUAUUUUGGAGCUUCAAUUAUUCAUCUCUCAACACCCAUUGCUAUGUCUUCAGUCUCAACUCCCUUCCUCUUCGAUUCCAACAAACACAGUCAAAUUUCAACCCCGCUUCUUUUUAUCUUUCUCUUCAUUUCUGCUCUCUUAUGGCUUCGAUCCAAAUUCCGGCAAUCCCCUUUGCCUCCAGGCCCCCGUGGCCUCCCCUUGGUCGGUUACCUUCCAUUUUUAUCCACCAAUCUCCACCACAACUUCGCCGAUUUGGCUAAAAUCUACGGUCCAAUUUUCAAGCUCCGCCUCGGAGCUAAGCUCUGCUUUGUUCUCACCUCCCCUUCCUCCAUCAAUGAAGUUCUCCGCCACCAUGAAACUGUCUUCGAUAACCGAGAUGCCACCGUCAGCGCUCGUCUCUGCACCUACGGGGGAUCUGAUAUUGUGUUCAGCCAAAACGAAGGCGAUUGGAAGAAGCUGAGGAAAAUCUUCGCAAGAAAAAUGCUUAGCAAAGCAAAUCUUGAUGCGUCGUAUCCUUUGCGAAGACAAGAAGUGAGAAAAAUAAUUAAAGGCGUGUUGGAAUCGGCGGGAACCCCAAUUGAUUUUGGGGAAUUGAGUUUCUUGGCUGCUGUGAAAUCGGUUAUGGCGAUGAUAUGGGGUGGCUCAGGGGGACUGACCGGAGUGGCUGUGACUGACUUGGAAGCUAAGUUCAGGGAAGUGGUGGAUGAACUGAUGGUGUUGCUUGGAACUCCAAAUCUGUCGGAUCUUUUUCCGGUGUUGGGUUGUUUAGAUUUGCAGGGAAUAGCGAGGAAGAUGAAGAAGGUGAGUAAUCGUUGUGAUGAGAUUUUGAAUUCAGCCAUUGAAGGACAGAGGAAGAAGGGAAGAAAUGGGUUGGAAAACAGAGGGUUUCUAGAGUUUCUGUUGGAGGUUAUGGAGGGUGAGGAUAAUUCAGAGUCCAUUACGGAGAAUCAACUCAAGGGUUUGCUCAUUGACAUCGUUAUUGGAGGAACAGACACAACGUCAACUGUAAUCGAAUGGACAAUGACGGAGUUACUACAACAACCAAACACAAUGAAGAAAGUCAUUGAAGAAUUAACAAAUGUUGUAGGUUUAAACCAAAUGGUUGAAGAAUUUCAUUUAUCUAAAUUACACUAUUUAGAUGCAGCAAUUAAAGAGACACUUCGUUUACACCCACCUGUGUCUCUUUUGGUGCCACGAGUGUCUAGCAAAACAACCACCCUCGAAGGUUACACUAUCCCAAAGGGCUCAACUAUCUACUUCAAUGUUUGGGCCAUCCAAAGAGACCCUAAAGUUUGGGAAAAUCCCUUAGACUUCAUGCCUGAGAGAUUCUUGAAUGAAUCUAAUGAAAAAAUGUAUGAUUUUAGUGGCAAUAAGAUAGAGUUUUGUCCAUUUGGGUCAGGUAAAAAGUCAUGUGCAGGGAUUCCUCUAGCUGAGAGGUUGUUGGUUCUAAUAUUAGCUUCCCUAUUGCAUGGGUUUGAGUGGAAAUUACCUGAGGGUUCAAAGCUUGAUUUGGAAGAGAAGUUUGGAAUUGUCACCAGGAAGUUGAAUCCUUUGGUUGUUAUUCCUACACCAAGGCUUUCCAACUUGGAGCUUUAUAAUACAAUGUAAAUUCUUUGUAUUAAAUAAUUGUCAACUUGGGGUGUGCAAUCAAUUACCAUUUAAAUC